UUGGUUUCACAUUAAUUCCCUAACAAUACUUUCAUUGAUCAGCCUUCAAGAGGAGAUUUUGGGUUGAUGGUUAGCUAUUAUGCUAGGAGAGGAGACAAACAUCAUGCACGCGCUACUUUUGAGAACAUGAGAGCAAGAGGCAUAGAGCCUAAUUCUUAUGUAUUCACGAACCUUGUUCAUGCGUAUGCAGUAGCAAGAGAUAUGAGAGGGGCCUUGUCUUGUAUUGAAGAAAUGAAACGUGAUGGUAUUGAGUUAACAUUGGUGACAUAUAGCAUCCUCAUUGGUGGUUAUGCCAAUAUUAAUGAUGCAGAAUCUGCAGAGAAAUUAUUUAUGGAGGCAAAGAAAAAGUUAGGAACGCUCAAUGCUAUCAUAUAUAGCAAUAUUAUCUAUGCUAAUUGUCAAAUUGGCAACAUGUCUAGAUCCGAAGUACUUGUGAGAGAGAUGGAGGAACAAGGAAUUGAUGCACCAAUUGAUUUAUAUCAUACCAUGAUGGCUGGUUAUACAAAUGACCGAAAUGAGGAGAAAUGCCUGGUCGUUUUUGAAAGACUUCAGGUAAAUUUCAAGUCAGUGUUUGUUUAUUUGGUAAAAUUUGGUUUUAAUUCUCACAGUUAUGAUGAUGAGACAACUACUACGCAGCAU